AUGCCUUCUUCAACUAAGUCUGUCCGUGCUCCCGCGCAGACUCCCAGGGUGAUUACUCCUGUUCCCGGUGAUGUGGGUGAUAGACCUCAUGUUGAUAGAGGCACGCCAACACCUGAGUUGGACAUUUUCGGAAAUAUAAAUGAUGUCCUUGACUCGAGCAUGAUCCGUGACAUGGAACAGCAAUUGAAGAAAAAAGACCGAGAGCUUGAAGACCUGCGGGAGAAGAAUCGAAAGUUGGUCUCCUGGGGCCACCAGUGUUGGUAUCAUGCUGAAAUGGCUGAUAAGGAUGUGAAAAUUGAAGAGCAGAAGCUUCUGGCUAGCCGGUGCAAGAGGGCGGGGGACGUGCUGUUGAGAAAAGAAAGAGAGCGAAAGAAGAAGAGGGAUGAGCUGAGAGCUGCGCGGGGUGCAUCGGAAGUCGACAGCGAAGAGGACAAAGACGCAGGAUCCGCUGCGAAUCCCGCUUCAGAUAAUACCAGGCAGAGCGCGGUCGACGAACGCUCCCUCAGCCACGGCUGCAGCGUCAGCGCCAGCGAGACCAACCACCACGCCGAUCUCAGCCAAGGAAGGGAUUCCAGCGACUCGAUCACGCCAAUCACAGCAUCGAGACCCAACUCCGAGACCAGUAGGUCGGUGAAAUCGUCACCAAAUUCCGACAAUCCUCUUCAGCGCACCAGCAUGACCGAAGACGCGAUUGGGCGAAUAAUCGGGCCAGACAACAUCAAACUCGUAGUGGUGCAGGUGUUCCUCAACCGCUUCCAGCCCGUACUGCGCCGCGAGAUCCUCGAGGUCCUGCGUGACGUGCUAGACCGGAACAAAGGCGCCCGCGAGUCUUACAGCUUACUCAUUCAACGCUUUCGCGGAUGCUUCAAUUUCAGCGCUUUGGUCCGCGAGGUUGAUCAAGUGAGCCGGAUGGAGCGGACCUCAGUGAUGUACUCAAAGUACAAAUGGAACUUCUACUACAUCCACGGUGAGCCGCACCCUGACGUUCCUGAAGAGGUGGCGAUGCUGCCCCAGCCCUUCGGUGGUGCAAGGAAGUUCGACAGUUAUUGCUCAGACCUCAGGCCGACCAUGAAGGCAUUCCUGAGGUUGAGAAUUGCUCUGAGUGAUCCUUGUUGUAUUCAUAGGCUGGAUGUUCUGAAGGAAGCGAGUCCCAAGCCCAAUGAACGGUGCCGGGGUUGUGGCAAGAAAUUGUUGGAGUUGCAGCCUGGUUGA